CGACCAUCUUUGCAUCACCCACCAUGCCACCCCGCUCCGUCGCCGUCGUGGGCGGUGGCCUCGCGGGCCUCACCGCCGCGUACCGUCUUGCAUCGCGCGGUGCGCGCGUGACGCUCCUCGAGCCCUCCCGCAUCGGCGGGUGGGCGCAGACGCAGACAUACCCUGUCUCCUUCGACCGUGACGGACGACAUUACAAAGGCGAGGUGACGCUCGAGGCCGGACCCCGCUCGAUCCGCCCGCGCGGCGGUCCCGGCGCCCCGGCAAUGCUGCAGCUUAUCCACGACCUCGGCCUCGAUGACCGCAUCGUGCCCAUCCCCAACGACCACCCCGCGGCUAAGAACCGGUACUUGUACGAUCCUGACCGCGGGACGCUGUCGGCGGUGCACGCCUCGCCCUUGGCGCUGUUCAACCCCCGUACAGCUCCGGCGGUGCGACAGCUGAUGCUCGCGUUCGCAAUGGAGCCCUUCCGCCGCUCGCGGCCGCCAAAGGGCGACGAGAGCGUCGCCUCGUUCUUCACACGGCGCUUCGGCGCCGACGUCGCGCGCACAGCCUCGGCGUUCGUGCACGGGAUCUACGCCGCCGACCCCGCGCAUCUCUCCCUCCGCUCCGCGUUCGGGAUCCUGCACGCGGCCGAGAAGAAGGCCGGCAGCGUCGUGCUCGGCAUGCUCCGCGGCCCGCGGCCCAAGGCCGAGGUCGACGCGGAGACGGCGGCGUGGGCCGCCAUCGGGCCCCUCGGCAAGGCGCGAGAGGGGUGGAGCAUGUACGCUCUGCGCGGGGGGAUGGGGCAGCUCAUCUCGGGACUGGAGGCGCGGGCGCGGGACGCCGGCGUCGAGUUCCGGAAGGCGCGUGUGCUCCGCCUCUCCCCCGACUCGCGCGUCAACGUCGAGACGAGCUACGGCCCGCUGCGCGUCGACCAUGUCGUCGCGGCCCUCCCCCCGCCGCGGCUGCAGCGCGUCCUCUCCGCGCCGCUCCCCCACCUCUCCGCGAACCCGUCGACGACCGUCGGCGUCGUCAACGUCGUCCUCCCCCUGCCACCGAAGGACGUGCACCCCAACGGAUUCGGAUAUCUCAUCCCUCGCGGCGGCCAUAAUCCCGAGGGCGCGCUCGGCGUCAUCUUCGACAGCACCGCGCUGCCGGGCACCGACGAGGGCGGGCUCGAGGGCGCCGUCACCAAGCUCACCGUCAUGCUUGGUGGCCCGCACUGGUCGAGCUACGGCGGCGUGCGCGUGCCGGCGCACGACGACGAGCUCGUGCCCCUUGCGUUGGCGCAUCUCCAGCGCGCAUUCCCGCACCUCGACGGCGUGCACCCCCUGCUCACCGUCGCCAACCUCAACCACGCUUGCAUUCCCACGUAUGCGCCGGGCCACGGCGCACGUCUGCGCGAGCUGCACGAGGCGAUUGGGACUGGGCCGUGGGCUGGCCGCCUUAGCGUCGUUGGGGCGGGAUACGGUGGCGUCAGCGUAAACGAUUGUGUGCUCGGCGCUGAUCUCGUGGCGAAGAGCUUGGACGAGGGGACAGUGACGGGCCUCGAGCGAUGGGCUGAGUGGGAGUAGCACGCAGCGGCCCGGCUGACCUGCAUCGAGCACUGCAUGUAGCGUAGCAUUAUAGAAUUAUAGUAGCAUUGCAUACAUCUCAUC